AUGUCAGAAACUUAAUCUAUGAAACUCCCUCAAAUCCAUCAAAAAAAUUAAACUAUUAGCUUCUAGGUUUAGAUUGUGAAUGAUUCAAAUGAUAAUUCUGUUAACUAGAAUCAAAAGCAACUAAAUAUGUCUAAAUCUCUAACGUCUCCUUUCAAGAUACCUACUGACGAGGAGAUAUUUUAAUUUUAUGAGAUAGAGAAGCAAAAAAAGAAUGAAAGUAGAAAUCAAAUUAUCAAUAGCAAAAUUUGGGAAAAGAAAACAUUUAGCUAAAAAAGAUCUUUAAAGCAUUUCAAGGACAUCUAACCAGAAACUUUAGAUAAUUAUAGGGGCAAAAACUGCUUUAAGGAUAACUAAAAAAAACUGAUACAAGAAGCAUUAAAUGUAGCUAAGGAACGAUAAAAUUAAGAUAAAGGUAAUUUUAAGAAUGAAAGUUUAAACGAAAUUCUAAACUAGCGCAAAGAAAUGUUUUUAGUUACAAUGUCUCAUGAUAUUAUAGCUAAUGAGAUUAAUAGAAUAAAAAAGUUAUCAGAAGACAGAGAAUAAGCUUUAAUCAGUAGUGAAAAAAUGUUGAAAUAAGAUUAUGAAAAUUUUUAGAAGUACUUAGACUAAAAUAAACAACAAAGAAUAGAUGCUGAAUAAAGAGCUGAAGCUCUUAAUAAGUAAAGAAGGCAAAAGGAAGUUAUGAUAAAAGAAAUUAAUUUAAAACUCACUACUAUAAGAGCAGAAAAAUCAAGAAAUGAAGAAAUACUUGCAGGUUACAAGGAGCACAAAGAAUUUUUAGAUAAGUUAGCUCCUAAGGAUUGGGAAGAAGAAAAGUAAAGAAAAAAAAUUUAGUUAGUAGAUAAAUUAAAGUUAGAAUUUAUAGAGAAGCAACAAGACAGUUUGAACGAAAGAAAUAAUAAAGGAAGUAAAUAGAAGAAAGAUAGUGGUUUCUCAUAAACAAAUACUUUGGAGAAAAAAUAAUUGUAGAUUUAAAAAAUAGAAAAUUAAUUUUAUUCCUUAGUAGAAAAAGAUGAGCUAUCAGAUUUAGAAGAUUUUGAAGAUAAUUAUCCUAUGUACUUCUAAAACCCACAGCAAUUAUAAGACGUUUUUAAUUCAUUGGAGGAAAAAAACCUCUUUUUAAUUUAGAUGAAGCAAGAAGACGAAUAGAAUCUUGAAGAAUUAAAGCAUAAAUUCAAGCAAGAGAAAUAACUACUAAAUGCAAAAGCUAGGAAUUUAUAAAUUUAAAAAGACCUGCUCAAAAAAUAAGUUGAAGAAAUUUCAACCGGUAUGAAAAGCAUAAAGCAAAAGACCGAAGACUUAUAGAAUAAGAGUGAGGAUAAAUACGAAAAGCUAUUCAGAGCUUUAAUUGUUGAUUUAUAUAAUACUUUUAAAGAAGAAAUAAAUCUACAUGAUCCAGAAUCUUAGUCAACUCUAUUUCUUUUAUCACAAAUAGAAAUCCUGUUUGAAAAAUAAUUUAAAGAAAUUAAACUGUGUCCAAUUAAAUUAGUAGAAGAAAAGAGAAAAAAAGCUGAGAAAGAUAGAAAAUAAUCAUAAAGAGAUGCACAAAAUAAGAAAAAAGAAGAUGAAGUUCUACGUAGAAAUGAAAAAAACAGGAUAAAAAUGGAAUAGCCUUCAAAGAAGAAAAUUGGUAGAAUAGACAUGAUAAGAAGUGCUCCCUUCAUUAAAAUAGUAAAUAAGGAAUAAACAACAUAAGAUAACUAAGAAGACGAAGAUAUGAAGUAUUUCAGAGAAGAUUAUAGAUUAUUUUGA